AUGACCAAAAGGGUGUCCUCCAGAAACCAUACUUUCCAAGUCUUGUACACUAUCAGUAUUAAAGUUGCUGAUCUCUGGCACAACAUAGGCUUUCCCAUUGUAGAAUGUUCCUCUGAAGGAGACUUUAUUCUUUCCAAACCACCAGACACAGGAGGAUUAAUCUCUUUUGGCACUGUAGCUGAACAGUUGGUGUAUGAAUUGGGCAAUCCUCAGCGCUAUCUUCUACCAGAUGUCACGUGUGAUUUUUCCAAAGUUUCCAUCACUGAAAUUCCAGGUUUUGAUGGUGGGGCAGUGAAAGUUCAUGGAGCAAAAGGAUCACCUCCUUCAAAGUUGUACAAGGUAAAUGCAACUUACCUUGAUGGCUUCAGAGCUACUGCUGUCUGUCCAGUGGGAGGUCCAAAGGCAGUAGAAAAAGGAAAACGCACUGCAGAAAGUAUUCUGCAAAGGACUCGUCUUAUUUUCAGUCAGCUUGGGUAUGAAGAUUACAGUGCAGUUAACAUACAGGUUUUAGGGUCUGAAGAUACAUAUGGACCUCAUGCUAGAAGGAGUAUAGAUGGUGGUCCUCGGGAAGCUGUUAUUUGGCUUGCUGUACACCAUAAGCAAAAAGAAGCUGUAGAAAUCUUCGCCAGAGAGAUUGCACCAGCUGGAACUGGCAUGGCACCCGGCCUCACUGGAAUCGUUGGAGGGCGCCCCAGAGUGUCUCCAGUUUUGAAGCCGUUUUUCUUCUAUUACCCCAAAAGUAAUGUUCAGAUCAACCUAUUCUUAAAUGGGCAACAUGUUGAGACAUUUGAGGAGGAUCUCACGUUUACAUCAGAUGAGACUGUUACAUUUGAUGCACCUAAGAUCAGCAGUGAAUUGAAAGAUCUGCCAAGUGGACCACAUACUUAUCGCUUAGAAGAUCUUGCCUAUACCAGAAGUGGAGACAAAGGCAACUCUGCAAACAUUGGUGUGAUAGCACGGCAUCCCCUCUACUAUCCAUACCUAAAGAAAACUUUGACAGCUCAAGCCUUGGAGAAUUACUUCAAACAUCUUUUAGAGCAAGAAAAACCUGAAGAAGAACUAGUAACAAGAUACGAGUUGCCAGGGAUCCAUGGAUUAAAUUUUGUUCUCAAGAAUUCCCUUGGUGGUGGUGGCAUAGCAUCUCUAAGAAGUGACCCUCAGGGCAAAGCACUUGGACAGAUGCUGUUGGAUUUCCAAAUUAAAAAUGUUCCUGAUUUAAAGUCACUGAUAGAGUAACAGGUGUUUGAUACAUAUGCUUUUAACACUGAGUGGUAUAAAAACAUGUUAUAAACAAGAACUGGCUUCUUGAGUGAUUUUUUUUUUUUUUAAAGUCAGAGAGUAGAAAUUAGUGACAGUUAUCUCUCAGAGGCUUAGCUGUAUGGCACAGAUUAGCAGAUGUUUUGAGUAAUACCAGGCUAAUAGCUUUGUCUGUGACUGAUAACACUUCCUGUCUAGAUAACACAUUGGAUGAAGAAUUAAUUUAUUUCCUGUAAAA